AUGAAGCCAGACAGUCGUCAUAGCGGAGAUUUUAGGAAAACGAAAUUUCCUGCGAGUGCAGAAGGUCCCGGGGUUGUCGAGACCCGGAAGAAAGUUGGAGGCUGGGUGGCGACGACAAAACCCAGAGCGCGCGACGCACAGCUCGUGUCCUGGUCAGUGACGUGCACGGCUGAAUAAAUCUCUCCCUCGCUUCGCUUGUCACUCACUCUUCCAACGGCUACUGCACCGUCUGGAUACUGUCAGUCAUCUGCUCCAGUCUUCAUCUCGUGUCUGGUUGCCUUCCUUCUGUUGUGCCACACGGAGUGUGUCAUUCCAACGAUACUAGUGCUGCACAUCAAGAAAAUCUGACAUCGACAAUAUCAUCGUCUUUCUCAAACAUGGAUAACUUAGAUUAUUGUCUUGCUUUCCACGAAAAGAUGCCUGAGAUGCAGAAGCAUGGACAUAUAAAGUUCUUUUCGUUUGGAAAAAUUGUCAUAAACAUGUUAGGCUCGUUCAAAGUCAAAGAAACAAACAUUGAGCUCGAUGACAAGAGAGAGGUGAACCACGAGGUCACGGUUCUGGGCCUGGAUAAAGGACACGUGACGAUUCGAGAAAAGUUCAAACUGAACAAAGAUCACAGAAAUAACAAUAACGGAGGCGAGGAGAGCUUUGUCGUCGAUCUGAGAUCACCUGUCCACGUGGUCCGACGAGGCAACUUCAGCAUCAGGGAGGAGUGGCUGCCCAUCCCCGUGCAAAAGCCCCCCAUGAUGGUGCUGCUGAAACCUGACGGAAAGUUCAACCAAAAUUAUAUCUGUGCCUCUGCAAAAGGGUUUCCUGAAAUGGCUCCAUUGCGGUCAGGUGGUACAGAAGAAGCUGUAUUCAGGAAGAAAGAUUACAUCAUAGAGAAAUAUUAUGCUUCCACCUUCACAAACAUAACACUGAAUAAACGGCUAAGUGUCUCUACAAACCUUGAAGUAAUGUUUGACACUGACUUUGGUGACCCCCAGAAAUCCACUGACCCGAGCUUGUUUCUGGUGCCCAACUCCGGGUCAACACAAAUCCGCCCUGCUUCAGCCCCAGAGAAAUACCUGAGUCACCAAGGUAACCGAGUGAUCAUCACUGACGAGGUCUCGUCAUUUUCAAUCGUGCCUACAAAGGAAAUGACGAAUGUCACCAACAACGCCGGCCUCCCCCUGGGCAAUAACUCCUCUGGACUUCGCCUGGACACAGUGUCGUCCCCCAGUGACGUGGACAUAGACUACUACAUCACACGGAAUGGCGGGUGGCCAAGGAAUCGGGUGGUAGAGGCUGUUUCAUUAAGACACUCGACACUCACUCGUUCGUGGUCGCAAUAAACUCGGGGAUCACACUUGUGGGAGGGACAGGGAAGGACCGAGCUAUAAUUCUGAAGAUAGUAUGUUGUGAAUAUUUUGUUUUUAUAUAGUUUUUUUAUUGUUGUGAAUUUACCCAUGUUUGUGAUGCACAAAUCACAAUUAGCAUUUGAUUUUUGAAAAUGCAACAUUGAAUGAUUUUUGAAAGAGCAGCGUGACUUGUUUAUGUGAACAUUGAAGACAUUGUUUAUACCCUGAUACAGGAGGAAAAAAAUACUCUGAGUGAUUUGAAGAGAGAGAGAAAGAGACUUGUAUGCACUGAAUGUUUACAAAUUGUACAUUGCUGUGAUACCUGAGUUUUGAAUCUGAUACUGUGAAGCUGUUCAUGAAUGUGACCCCAGGUGAGUUCACUGUCCUGGACAGUGGGUGGCGACAUUGCCGAGUGCUUUUAUUGUUUUCUAGUCUUCAUGUGAUUGUUGGCAUCUUGUUUAUCGUAUAUUUUACUAGGUACUGCAUUUAUUUCUAUUUUUUGUCUUUAUUCCUAGUCGCAUUAAUAGCAGAUGUCUGGUCUCAAACGUAUUUUGCUAUACCACUUAAAACAAGUUCACUUUGUUAUACUUCUUUUCCCAAAUAUAUUUUGUUAUACCCCUUAUCCCAAGUGUAUUUUGUUAUACCACUUAUCCCAAGUGUAUUUUGCUAUACCACUUAUCCCAAGUGUAUUUUGCUAUACCACUUAUCCCAAACGAAAGAGUUUCGUGGAUAUCAGUCCAAAUGCUCUUUGCACUGACGGGAUCACAGAAUGUAAUUUUAUUUUCGCAUUCUUCCAAACCACAUUUGAAGCUGAAUAUUAGCUCAAACAACAGUUAAUUAACUACUCAUUCACAUUGUGUAGUUUGGUCACAGUCGCUGCAAUAAUAUUUAUAAUUUUCAUUUUUUUAAUAGCUGACCUCUGGUGUAUCUCAGCAAUGUUUCAUGCCACGAGGUUUAUUUCUGUUUCAAGCAAAACAAAACUUCUGAGGAAGUUGGUCUGUCAUAACUAUUGUUUAUCAGAUUAUUUUACAAACUCUGUCAACAUCUGCCUUGCUGUUGAAUUUGGCCACGUGGUCGGACCCACAAAAGUCAAGUACAGUCGCUGAUGUCCUAAAAGACUGGUCCAGAGAAUCUGAUGUAGUUCUUGUAAACAGGUAAAGGUGAAGCCCUCACCCAAUCCUUUUUCAUGAGGUGGGAAUGUGAAGAGUGAGUUGGUAGAACCACUCAGAUUUUUGUGAGAGUGAUGCUUGUCCUCCUUUACCUGAGGAGACUUGCAUGGACUUGGACGCCUAGUGUUCUCCCUUCUCUGAGUGUGUGAACAUUGUGGGAUGGUAGUCAAGCCACACCAUUGUCAUCACAUUACAUGUCACUUCCGGUUUAUUGGUGGUUUGUUGAUUAACCAUGAUUUGUUGUUGUUGUUGUUGUUGUUGUUGUUGUUGUUGUGCUUGUAAGUGCGUACUUACUGCAUUAAUUUUUCAUGACAACAGAAGCGACAUCUUUGAUGAUUGUGUGUGUUUCCUUUUUUUAUUGACUGUUUAUGUCACAAAAAUGUUUUAAUUUAAUUUAAUCAAGGCCUCAUCCUCAUCCUCAUCCUCAUCCUCAUCCUCAUCCUCAUCAUCAUCUGUUACACUGGUUUUGUACUCAGGAACAAUAAAUGGAGUGAUAUUGUUUACCUUA